AUGCCUUUCACCGCUAGUGACAUCUGCAAGAUCAUCCUUGCCAUCAUCCUCCCUCCCGUCGGUGUCUUCCUCGAGCGUGGUUGUGGUGCCGACUUCUUCAUCAACAUCCUCCUCACCAUUCUGGGUAAGUCAUUUGUCAAUUCAACCCCUGCACCCGACCCCUCCGACGCAGGCUCAAGCCAGCACUCAAAGCUAUCUCUACGUGUCGCUCAACAGUUGACUAACUCGCCCUCAGGUUACAUUCCCGGUAUCAUCCACGCUCUAUACAUCAUCCUGAAGUACUAA